AGUUAUGCUGAAUAUAGUAUGUGGCCCAGUUUUGAGGAAAGGGAAUUUAAUGUUGAUCUUGCUAUGCCUUGAGGUCUCAGUGUAUUUGCCAUCAGGGAUACCUAAAGUUUUUCCGGACUAUGUUCUCAAGUCCCUUUGUUCACAACUUACUUUUCUUGGUUACUCUACUUUUCACUUUAGAAUUUAGGCCUCUACUUGGCUGUUUCAUACACAUUAAGAAUGAGGAAGCUGAGAGUACUAAGCUAGGUAGCAGUCUUGUUUUUUGGUCUUUUGGAGUGCUGGGAUUACAGGCGUGCGCUACCACGCCAAGCCCACAGUCUUCCUUCAAAUAAGUUAGGUCGAACUACAGUAAGGUUUUGGAGCCAUACCUGACAAGGCAAAAUCGGUAAUCGUGACAUUUCCUCGAAACAGCCCCCAAAGCUUUCUUUUUCUUGACCUCCACCCCAUUUUUGGCCAUGUUUUGACGUUUCUCCCUCCCACCAGAAACCCCUCAUUCUUCCCAGAUCAACUCCUAACAGCUGGACAGCUUUGCGCCAGGACACUGCGGUAUCCACUCCCGGGGUCGCCAAGCGCGCGGCAGCACCGCCUGAGCUGGGUCUUCGCGUCCUGCCGGCGCUGCGUGGCGGUCCCGGUCCGUGGGUUUCCGGGGCGGGGCGGCGGGAGCACAGCGCACGGUGCCUCGCGGUCUCGGGUGGAGGCUUCCGCGCCGCCCUACCGAGCACCACACCCCCGAUGCCACUUUACACUGGAGCCCCGGGUCAAUUCGCGCGGAUGCAGCCGGCGGUGUUUAAAUCUCUGCAGCCAGGGUCUGCCACCGACCGCUAACGAACCGGGUCCGGCCGGCUCAAGCCCCAGGAGAGGGAAGACGAGGGCCCGUCUUCGAGCCGCUGCUCCAAAGCGGCGGGACGCGGGCACGCGCAUCGCUCUGCUUUACGGCAAGGACGCGCGCGUUUGCGAUAGCGUGACGCAAGCAAGUUUUGGCGGGAAAAGCGCUACAUUUGGACUCCUGUGGCGGCAGGCAAAGGAGAGGCUGCCGGGUGCCGGUGGCAUCAUGGCAGUGCCCUUUGUGGAAGACUGGGACCUGGUGCAAACCCUGGGAGAAGGUGCCUAUGGAGAAGUUCAACUUGCUGUGAAUAGAAUAACUGAAGAAGCAGUUGCAGUGAAGAUUGUAGACAUGAAGCGUGCCAUAGAUUGUCCAGAAAAUAUUAAGAAAGAGAUCUGUAUCAAUAAAAUGUUAAAUCAUGAGAAUGUAGUGAAAUUCUAUGGUCACAGAAGAGAAGGCAAUAUCCAGUAUCUGUUUCUGGAGUACUGUAGUGGGGGAGAGCUUUUUGAUAGAAUAGAGCCAGACAUAGGCAUGCCUGAACAAGAUGCUCAGAGGUUCUUCCAUCAACUCAUGGCAGGAGUGGUUUAUCUGCAUGGUAUUGGAAUAACUCACAGGGAUAUUAAGCCAGAAAAUCUCCUUUUGGAUGAAAGGGAUAACCUCAAAAUCUCUGACUUUGGCUUGGCCACAGUGUUUCGGCAUAAUGAUCGUGAGCGUUUAUUGAACAAGAUGUGUGGUACUUUACCUUAUGUUGCUCCGGAACUUCUAAAGAGAAAGGAAUUUCAUGCAGAACCAGUUGAUGUUUGGUCCUGUGGAAUAGUGCUUACUGCCAUGUUGGCUGGAGAAUUACCGUGGGACCAGCCCAGUGACAGUUGUCAGGAAUAUGUUGAUUGGAAAGAUAAAAAGACAUACCUCAACCCUUGGAAAAAAAUUGAUUCUGCUCCUCUAGCUCUGCUGCAUAAAAUCCUAGUUGAAAAUCCAUUGGUAAGGAUUACCAUUCCAGACAUCAAAAAGGAUAGAUGGUACAACAAACCACUCAAGAAAGGAGCAAAGAGGCCCCGGGUCACUUCAGGUGGUGUGUCAGAGUCUCCUGGUGGAUUCUCUAAGCACAUUCACUCAAAUUUGGACUUCUCUCCAAUAAACAGUACUUCAAGUGAAGAAAAUGUGAAGUACUCCAGUUCCCAGCCAGAACCACGGACAGGUCUUUCUUUAUGGGACACUAGUCCAUCAUACAUCGAUAAAUUGGUACAAGGGAUCAGUUUUUCCCAACCUGCAUGCCCUGAUCAUAUGCUUCUAAAUAGUCAGCUAGUUGGCACCCCAGGAUCCUCACAGAACCCCUGGCAGCGCUUGGUCAAAAGAAUGACACGUUUCUUUACAAAAUUGGAUGCAGACAAAUCUUAUCAGUGCCUGAAAGAGACUUGUGAGAAGUUGGGCUACCAAUGGAAAAAGAGUUGUAUGAAUCAGGUUACUGUGUCAACAACUGAUAGGAGAAAUAAUAAACUGAUAUUCAAAGUGAAUUUGGUAGAAAUGGAUGAAAAGAUAUUGGUUGAUUUCCGGCUUUCUAAGGGUGAUGGAUUGGAGUUCAAGAGACACUUUCUGAAGAUUAAAGGGAAGCUGAGUGAUGUUGUGAGCAGCCAGAAGGUUUGGCUUCCUGCCACAUGAUCGGUCUAGUAGCCCUGGGGAUUCCUGGUGAAUAUGGUGCUGCUAUGUUGACAUUAUUCUUCCUAGAGAAGAUUAUCCUAUUCUGCAAACUGCGAACAAUAGUUGCUGAAGAAUUCUCUUCUUUAUCCAAACAUCUUCCAAUUCUUUGUAUGUUUUGGAUACAAAUAAUACCUGUAUCUUAAUUGUAAGUAAUACUUUGGGGAAGGGAUACUUUUUCAUCUGUGUUUUGUGUCUGAAUUUGAAAUCCAUCUGAUAGAAACUAGGUUUAGGGUACACGUGUCCAUCAGCUGUUAUACUAACAUAAUAUUUCAUUCUUACCAGGACAUGUUUCAUCCAGAAAAUAUGUAUUUAUUCCACAUUGAUUUAAUUGUAAAAGAUGGGUUAGCAAAGGCUUAGUCCUUGUGACUUUUGGAUAGUAGAUUUAUCAGUCUGGGAAGUAAGGCUAGCUUCAAAAAAUGUAACCCCAAGAUCUGUACUUACAUUUUCAAGAGAGUCUAACCAGUUAUAUAAACCUGUUGCUGAGUUAUAACAGUUAAUUAAAAUUGCAAGUAGGUGGUUUCUUUUUUUCUGAUAUAGCUAGUAAAAUAUAAAAUACUGGUUGGUCUUUCAAAAAGUUGAGCAUAAGUGCUACUGCUUAACUAACUAAAAUUACUAUUGCACAUCUUAAAUAUUUUUCUAUAUUAUUCUCUACUUUCACAGCCAUAUUUUAAUUCUUCA